AUGCGAACGGUGCUAAUGACGCUGCUCACGACGGCGGUCGUCGCACUGCCGUCGUUGCAGGACCUCAUCGCAGUGCUACCGGAUGCGCCGGCGUCGUAUGCGCGGCCUUGUGCCGACCGAUCGUACUGGCAGCCGCUCGUCGCUGCCAACGCCGCCCUCGUCCGCGCCACGCGGGCUCGGGCGACGGCGCAGCUUGCGUCGGGCAUGCCGCCGUGGGAUGCGACCGCCUACGAGCUCUACUUCAAGACGGGCAACCGCCUCGCUGGUCAAGACAUGAUGAACCGUCGGCACACCUACGUCAGCAACCUCUUCCUCGCCGAGUGCUUCGACAUGACCGGAACGUUCCUGGCGGCGCUCGACGCUAGUCUCUUGUCGCUUGCGACGCAGCGCACGUGGGUCCUUGCGGCGCACGACCCCAAGCGUCUCGUCUACGACGACCAAGAUGUCUUUGUCGACUUGAACGCUGCAAAAGUCUCGUCGCUACUGGCCACGACGCUGACACUGCUGCCCACGGAGCUGUCCGUGGCGACACGCGAUGCUGUCUCGAACCAGCUCCAACGACGCACGCUGCAGCCGAUGCUCGACCGCACGAUCGGGUCGACUGCGCCGUUUUGGUGGCAAGUGGGCGAGUCCAACUGGAACGCCGUGUGUUGGAACGGCAUGGCCUCGGCGCUGCUCGCGUCGUUGCCGAGCAAGUCGGACCGCGCCACGGUCCUUCUGGCACUUGCAGAGCAGAGCGAGCACUACUUGGCCUCCUUUGGCCGCGACGGGUACGGCACGGAGGGCGUCGCAUACUUCAACUACGGGUUUCAAGAGUUUGCCGAGCUCCGCGAGGUCGUGUGUGCGCAGACGAACGGCCUCCUCGACCUCUUUGCGUUGCCGAAUGUGGACGCGAUCAGCCACGCGCCGGCGUAUUUUGAAAUGCGGUCGCACCACGUCGCAGCCUUCGGGGACGCCAGGCUCGACGCACGCUUCCUUCCGCAUCUCCUGGACUACGUGCAAUGGACGUACGGGGAAAGCAGCAAGCCGACGUCGCCCCGCCGGUUCAACAGCACCCUGCCCGGCACAUUCAUGGCCUUGUCGAUACCGCUCUCGACCGCACGGGCCUGUAGUGUGCGCCAGUCGCCCAUUGCCAUCACACCCGACCCGCUCCGCCACAUCUUUCCGGCGGCCCACGUCGCCGUGCUGCGCGGUGUGAGCGCGACGGACUUUGACGUGACGUUCAAAGUUGGCGGCAACGGCGGCCACAGCCACAACGACAUGGGCUCGUUCGCGAUCGUACUAAAUGGCGCUAAUGUACUCGGCGACGUCGGCGGCCCCAAGUACUACGAUGCAAAAACGUUUGGCCCGGACCGGUACAAGAGCCCGCUGAUGAACGCUUACGGCCACCCGGUCCCCGUCGUCAUGGGCCAGCUCCAGCUCGAGGCCGUCCGCGCACAAGCCAUGCACCCAUUUUCCUUGCGCACCGAUCUUCUCUCGGACGCACAAGACGUCGUGUCGACGGACCUCGCCGCCGCCUACAACGUGUCGGAGCUCCAGAGUCUGAAUCGAUCGGUGGCAUUGGUGCGGUCGCCGGGAAAUGGCCACGUGCGCAUUUCAGACACAAUCACGAUGCAACCGGGCACCGCGGUCGACGUCGAGUCGGUCUUGACCACGGUCGGUGUCUGGGCGCCGACGUCCAACACAUCGGGCGUCGUGACCAUGCCGUCCGGCAUCCGCGUCACCGUCACGGUGUCGGCAUCGGCCCCGUUUACGCUUUCGGCGACGGCGCUGUCAUCGUACGGUGUCUCGUGGACGCGCAUCGGCAUCCAUGUCACGUCGACGUCGGCGUCGGCGACCGUGACGGCGCAGAUUGCUGCCUUUUAA